UGGGAUUCGGAAUGAUCCGGACGGAUCCUUUCUUUCAGUGGAUUCGGAUCCGGGUUCGGAUCGUGCGAACUCUGUGCACCGCCUUGCGCCUGGAAAUGUUAUAUAUACCCGGAGCUUCCCGCUUGGCGAAGGGCAGGCCAGGGUUUCUCUUCAGCUAUUUUGCCCAUCGACUCUCUCUUUUUGCCGACUCUCGGGUCUCCAAGCCCAAGCAAGGCGAGAAUAAAAAGAAUGGAAGCACAAGAAGAUGUAAGGAAUACAGCUUGCGGUCACAAGCGAAAGCAGGUCUUCAUCUACGGCAACUACAAGAACUAUUACGGCUAUCGAAUAGAUCAAAACCAGAGGGAAGAUCCCCGACUCGCGGUGAUGAAGAAGGGAUGGUUCGAGGGAAAGGAUUGCCUCGAUAUCGGUUGCAACCAGGGGCUGAUAACCAUUGAGAUUGCAAAGAAGUUCUUCUGCCGAAGCAUUCUUGGAAUAGAUAUUGAUGCAGGUUUGAUUGAAGCUGCUAAUUGGAAUCUUCGAAAGAUAGCUAGAAUAGAACAAAGUAAUCGUAGAUCAAAGGAGGCUUCUGAUUCACAGAUUUUAGAUGGUUCAAAUUAUUCAAAGCACAAGGUCUCUCAAGCUUCAGAUGGGGAAACAUUUCACAUUCAGCAUGAUGCCUCUUCUCUCUCAGAAGGCACUCUUUUUGAGAGAGUUACUUUCCGAAAAGAAAAUUUUGUUGGGAGUAUGGAUAAGUGCUCAGAGAAGUAUGAUACUAUUCUUUGUUUGAGUGUAACAAAAUGGAUCCAUCUGAAUUGGGGUGAUGAUGGAUUGAUUACUAUGUUUGUAAAGAUAUGGAGACUUCUUAGACCAGGUGGGAUUCUUCUAUUGGAGCCUCAGCCUUGGUCUUCAUAUAAAAAAAAUCGGCUAGUUUCUGAGACUGCAAGGGUGAACUACAAUGAAAUUACUCUUCAUCCAGGUGAAUUUCGAGACAUACUUCUAGACAAGGUUGGGUUCAGAUCGGCGGAGCCAUGGGUUGCUCACUUUAACACCAGAGUUCCUUCUCUGCAUCAGCAUCAUCAACAUCCUUUUGAUAAAUCCAAGACAGAUAAUGUUGAAGAAAUUGGCAGCUUAACAGUGGGUGACCAUUUGAAAUUUGACAUCGAUAAAUCACACAUGGAUUGGUUAACAAAUGCCUGAUUUGUUUUUGGAUGCUAUUGGAUCUGCAUCGUGAUACGAGUCCUUCCAGUGCAAAAUUCCAGCAAUACAGAGCAGUGAGUAUCUUCAUUCACGUGUAUUACUUGUCUAAUAUAAAGGAACUGUGGAUGCCCCCUCAAAUAAACUGGAAAAAAUGACAAAAAAUAUUGAAUAUCUAUUUGGAGCAGAAAAGCAUGGGUCAUCAUAUUUUGUCCUCUAGUAAAUAGCAGUAUUCUUCAGUUUGAUUGCGAUAAAGAACUCAUUGGCAAUGUUACAAACUCAGGUGGACAGAGUUACAGUAUGCAGCAAGCAAUAUGAACAAUAUAUAUUAUAAUCCAUGUUGUUUAUUACUUUUUUGUAAUUUACUUGCCUGCUGACAACUGUGAAUAUUGGUUGAUGAACUCAAUAGGCAUGUAUCACUAGACAGUUAUGAUAUACAGCAAGCAAUUUGGACUUAUAACAUGCUUGUAGUUUAUGUACAUGUCAGCAGAUGUGAAUGUUGGUUGAUGAAAAUUUAUGCUCGGCUCAUCUUGCUUUCCAAAAACAAGGAGUCAAGAGUAUUGAAAUCUUGGAAAAAUAUUGAUGUCUUUUUCAAAAGAAAGAUAGAAAAUCUAAGGAGCGGGAUGAGGGAUAUAUGAAGGGAAACAGAGAUCGGAGGGAAGCAGGUUGGAUGGAGCUUAUGAGGGAGAUGAUUAUUAUUUAUUUAUUUUUUUGCUCUGUAUCGUAAGGGAGGAAUUUGAAGAUUUAGGUAAGGGAUGUUUUUGACAUAAAGUAGACAAAUUGUAGAAUAUUGUAUGAUUUUCAAACUGUCCUUUUAGAAUAUAGUAUAGGUUAGAUUAUAAAAAUCACUACUCUCAGCAAUAA